UUUUGCUCCUUUACCCCCUCCCCUCCCCUCCCUAUGCAAGACACUCUCUUUCCUUCUCUUUCUUUCUCUUGAAUUUUGCUAUUAUCUUCUAUUUAUAUUAUAUUCUAUUCUAUUAUAUAUUAUAUUUUAUAUAUACAUCUAUAUAUUCUAUCAAGUUCACUUCGCAUUUCUUCAACCUUCCACAAAGACUUGAAUACCUGGACAAAAAAGAAGUCCACAAGAGAAGAAAGUAUUCACAUGAUCAAGAAACCCACAGCUCCACAUGUAAAGAGCAACGAAGGUGCAGGUGUCGUACCUGAUUUUAUUCAAAAGCUCUUUCGCAUGCUCGAAAACAAAUCAUUCAACGAUACCUUUUGCUGGGGUCCUGACGGAACAACAUUUCUGGUGAAAGACAUCAAUGAUUUCUCAAGAACAAUUUUACCAAAGCACUUUAAACACUGCAACUUUGCUAGCUUUGUUCGACAGUUGAACAAGUAUGACUUUCACAAAGUACGAAACCCAGAAGACGGCCAUCGGAUGUAUGCUGAUCAGGUAUGGGUACACCCUAAAUUCAGACGGGACCGUAAGGACCUUUUGGAAGAAAUCAGACGAAAAUCUCCAGGGAAGCCUAAAAAGGAUAAGCCUGUUUUGACAGGCGACGCAGAUGUACAGCCACUUGCUACCACAAGUACUGACCAAGAACCAUCUCACCAAUCGUCCAUCGAUAGCCUCUUGGAGCUCACCAGACACCUGCAGGCCCAGGUCGAUGGACUGAGAAAGUCCCAGACAGACAUGGAGCUUCAGAUGCAGAAGAUGAACCGUGCCGAUCAACAGAUUGCAGAUGAACUUGUCCAGUUUAACAAAAGCAUGGCUGCUAAAGACAAUCUUUUACAACAGUUUGUAAAAAUCGACACUGAAAACAAUCAGGCACAAUCGACUCAAAGGCAGACCCAGAGCCAAAACCAUCAUACAUCUACUAUAAUCAACAUGAGUUCAGUAGAAAACAACAAUCAACAAAUCUACGACACCUCCACCACCUCGACACCAACACCGACGACGAACUAUCAGGACAAUACUAUAAGUCCAAAGUUGGACCAAUCCAAGAAGCGAAAGGAUUGUGGAGGAGCGUGUGAAACCAAUGAAGAUAUCUGGUUACAGCAACAGCAACAGCAACAGCAACAGCAACAAGGCCAAAACUCAAUUCCAUCAAGCGAAACAACUGCACAAUUUAGAGAGAUCCAGGCGAUCCCAUUUGUUCAUCUAGCCAAACAAAGUUUUGAUGGCUCGUGUGGAAUGGCUCACAAUCCAGAAACAAUGGCCAUUCAUUUAGACCAAAAGAUGCCCGAAAGAGUGGCUCUUUUGACAGUAGGCCGGCUUGCAGCGACACCAAACACAGCUACGUCCAACCCAAAGGAAAUAGCGCUAAACGAUUGUGGAGAAAAGGGACAACGGCAAAUAAUGGACGCAACAACAGCAGCAACAAAAGUAUCUAUGCCAGUUUCAAUGACAAAUCCCCGGUUAAUGAACUCUGGUAGUAGUGCAACCGGAAAGGUCGCCCUUCCUGGUUGGGCUGUGUCUCCUAGAAUUCUUCUCGUUGACGAUGACUCGGUUUAUCGUGAUAUUAGUCGUAAGCUCUUGAAUACUAUUGGCUGUACAAUUGACCUGGCACAGGAUGGAUUGGAAGCCCUUCGUAAAAUGGGACUCGAGAAGUAUGAUUUGAUUCUAAUGGAUAUUGUUAUGCCUAAUCUUGACGGCAUUUCUGCAACUCGAAACAUUCGACAGUACGACGCCCUGACGCCCAUCAUUUCCAUGACCUCAAACUUUAGUGACAGUGACAUUAUGCAGUACAUCGGCAGCGGCAUGACAGACAUCCUGCCAAAGCCAUUUUCAAAAAGCACGCUUUACAAUAUUCUUGAGAAGUACUGUGCUCAUCUGCGGGCAAUCCAACGAGUUCAGGGUAGUGUAGACCCAAGUAUUGUCCACCGUAGCUUGGGAAACUUGGGACUCCUCCCACCUUCGGGCGCAACAAUAGAGACUGCUGAACUUCCAAUCUACUCAAACAAGGCAGAUACGACGUUUUCCAUGACCUCUUUUCCUUUAUCUUCAUCAUCCUCAUCAUCUUCACUCACUCCAUUCCCAGCUGCCAUGAUGGCCACAAGUCUUCCAGCACAUUUUAUUAACCCAUAUUCAUCAUCUUCAUCAUCCUCGUCUCCUUCUACUUCUUCUACGUUGUCGUCGUCGUCUUCAAAUGUCGGCAUUAUUAGCGCUGUAGCUACGUCAAUUGCUGGUUCUUCAGUCUCAACCACAUCAGCAUCCUCUACUUCUGCUCCUGCUGCAGUUUCUGGCAGUCGUGCUGGCGGAUCAAACGUGACGACUGACAUGUUCUGGUCAGUAGCCCAACCAUACCAAAACAUCUCUUCAACCUCGACUGGUGCUCGUACACUGGUCGUAGCUCCCGAAAAUGAUGGCAAGAUUGUUUGGAUUAUGCCUCCCCAGAUAAUCGAUGAAUCAUACAAAGAUACCGAGAGUUGCAAAAGGCGCAAGAUGGAAGAAUCUUAAAUCACAAAAAAAACCUUUUCUUUAGAGUACCAAAUAUAUAUCCAAAAUAUUUAUAUUAUAAAACAACAACAACAGCAACAACAACAACAGAAACCUUCAUAUACAUAUUACCAUUAUUAUUAUUAUCAUUAUUAUUAUCGUUAUUUCCAUCAUCG